UUCUCCAUAGGGUAUGGGCUUUUUGCCAUCCUAUGGGAAAGGGUAAAAACCCUUGGUGGUUUUCUUUUUUGCUUCGGCACGGGAACGACGAAGGGACGGAUGGAACUACUGUAAUCCAAAUAAUCGCCGGAAUCAAAGGGAUCAACAAGAAGAAGUGGAACGAGCAACGAAGAACAGCUCAUACGUCCAUUAAUCGGAGGAUUGAAAAUGCUACAAGUAGACAAGUGACCUUCUCCAAAAGAAAAAAAAAAUGGGGAAGUCGAACCCAUUCUCCUUUCGUCGUAGCAGCAGCACAACCAGGCGUCGACGAACAACGAAGAAGGUCUGGCGAAUCUGAGCUUUUCGAGUGUGAUAAGAACACCAUCAUCAAACGGGCGGGUAUUCCGGCUAGGGAUUUAAGGAUUCUUGGCCCUGUUUUCUCUAACUCCUCCAAUAUCCUUGCUAGGGAGAAAGCAAUGGUUGUUAACUUGGAACACAUUAAGGCCAUAGUCACAGCAGAAGAAGUCCUUCUACUUGAUCCUCUUCGUCAAGAGGUUCUUCCAUUUGUGGAUCAACUGAGGCAUCAACUUUCUCACAAAAACCAUUUCAACACUUCUGGUAUACAACAAGGUGGACGCCAGCUUGCUUUACGUGAUACAGAAUCAAACCUCUCAGCUUCUGGAAGAUGGCAACCCGUUCCUGAAACUGCUGAAGGUUUGCAAGCCGAACUUCCAUUUGAGUUUCAAGUUUUGGAAAUUGCAUUAGAGGUAGUGUGUACAUAUCUGGACUCAAGUGUAGCAGAUCUUGAAAGGGACGCUUACCCUGUUCUUGAUGAAUUAGCUAAGAAUGUCAGCACCAAGAAUCUUGAACGUGUCAGAAGUUUGAAAAGCAAUCUUACUCGUUUGCUUGCAAGGGUACAAAAGGUAAGGGAUGAACUUGAACAUCUUCUAGAUGAUGAUGAAGAUAUGACACAGUUGUAUUUAACAAGGAAAUGGUUACAAAAUCAACAAAGUGAGGCUUUGUUGGGAGGUGUUGGGUCAAAUAGCUUCCCAAAUAAUGUCCUACAUCUGCGCAGAUUAAGCUCUGUAAAAAGUGGAAGUAUGUUGACAAGUGGGAAUUUGAAUGAUAAUGAUGUGGAGGAUCUUGAGAUGUUGCUUGAGGCUUAUUUCAUGCAACUUGAUGGAACUCGAAACAAGAUUUUAUCUGUUCGUGAGUACAUUGAUGACACGGAAGACUAUGUGAACAUCCAACUGGAUAACCAAAGAAAUGAGUUAAUCCAACUGCAGUUAACAUUAACCAUAGCUUCAUUUGCUAUAGCUUUUGAGACUUUAGUGGCUGGAUUAUUUGGGAUGAAUAUACCAUGUCGAUUAUAUGACAUUGAAGGCAUAUUUGAGCCAUUUGUUGGAGGCAUAACUGCUGCUUCUCUUGUGCUUUUUUUGCUCGUUCUUGGAUACGCCAGGAACAACAAGGAACUCUGCUUCGAUUCGAUUUGUAAUCUUCGUUUUUAUCUGAUCACAUUGCCUAUUCUUGAAGAUCUUUACUGCGUGUAUAGAGGGAUCUGUACUCUAACAAUGGCGAAUUCCAAGGGUCCUUCAACAAUGAGAAGUAUGAUGUACACUGGAAAAAACCCUUUACUUCCCCCUAAAAGUCCAUUUCCAAGCAUUGCUCCAUCAUAUGCAGAUUAUGUCUCAAAUCCUGCUGUUGCCCCAAAAGGUCCACCAAAAUACAGAGAUGCAAAUUCACAUCAACGAACCUCAUCUGAAAGCUUUCUGAUAGAAGAACAACCUUCUUGGCUGGAUGAUCUUCUUAAUGAACCAGAAUCACCAGUAAGAAGAGGGCAUAGACGUUCAUCAAGUGACUCUUUUACAUACAUGGAAGCAGCUAAUGCUGUUUUUAACAACGAAUAUAGAGCACAAAAUGAUUACAGAUUGAGAAACUUGGGUUCUGUUCCUUCAUGGGGACCUCAAGAUUUUGAUAUUUAUAAAGAUUCUCGAAAUCCGCCUUUUUAUGGGGAACAUAAUGUGUUGAUGAAAAAUAAGAAUCGGGCAUGGGAUCCUUCACAAAAUGCAUUAACACAUUCUAAUGCUUCAAGGGAGCAUGAUGGGAAUACCUCAAUAGCAAGUGAGAAGAAAGAUGCAGUUGAAUCUGUUAGACAAGAUGGAGAUAGUUCUGAAAGAAAGGAUUCUUCUAACAACAAACCUUCUGCAUCAGAAACAGACACAAAACGUGCCAAACAGCAAUUUGCUCAACGUUCACGGGUCCGGAAGCUUCAGUACAUUGCUGAGCUGGAAAAGAAUGUACAGGCUUUACAGGCAGAGGGUUCUGAGGUGUCUGCUGAGGUGGAAUUUCUGAAUCAGCAAAGUCUUAUUCUGGGCAUGGAAAAUAAAGCACUGAAACAACGGUUGGAGAGUCUGGCUCAAGAGCAAUUGAUUAAAUACAUGGAACAUGAAGUUCUUGAAAGAGAGAUUGGAAGACUGCGAGCCUUGUAUCAACACCAGCAACAACCACAGCAGGCGGUGCCGCCUCCCAACCACCGGAGAACCGCCAGCAAGGAUAAACUGGAUUCCCAAUUCGCAAACCUUUCUUUGAAAAAAGACUCUGGCUCUUCUUCUACACGUGAUGUUUCGGGCCCACUUCACAUAUAAAGCCUGAAGCUCUUCCUUCAUGAAUGGCUAAAAACAAAACAAGUAUUUGCAGGUUUUUUCAUUAGCUUCUUCAUCUUCUCAACCCUUUUCCUUUUGUGUAUUUGGGGUGUUUGGUGUCUGUUUCUAUUUUAUUAUUUAAUUAUGCUAAUUUAGUGUAUUUUGGUCUCUGCACCUGGUAGUAGUCUGGGAAUAUUUAUAUCCCAGUUGGAGACUCACCGGAGGUGGUAACUUUAGAAUAUGAUAACAUAUUUCAUUGACUUUUAUUAUUAUUAUUAUUAUUAAUUAUUGAACUUAGUUUUGUG